AUGCGCACACGCACGCUCAUCAGCCAAGGGCGCCACACACUCACACCGCCGCUAACCACAUUACGGCAUCUACACACCACCUCGGCAUCCCACGAGCCACCACCUACUCGACCACGCACCUCUGCGGGGCCUUCUGCACCACCACCACCCCCCGCCGCCGCGGCCUCCACACCACCACCGAACUUUGGAGGACUAGGAACGACGCAGCUCUCGCCAGACAUUAUGCUGCGCUGUACGAUCUUCGACUCGACGGGCUCGACGACGUCGACGUCGGGUGUGUUUAAAAAGUCGCGGCUGUGCGCCGAGCAUGGGCUGGAGCAUCGCGAUCUGCGCAAGAUCGACUCGCGCGUGCCCAACUUGGUGCCCACCAUCCUUGCGCGUCGUGGGGGGAUCCUGGUCAAUAUCCUGCACAUCCGUGCCAUGGUGAAGAAGGACAAGGUGCUCUUGUUCGAUAGCUACGGCAGCACCGAUUCGCAGCUCCACUCGGCGUUCGUCUACAACCUCCAACACAAUCUGCGUCCGCACCAUCCAUCGGGAAACGGACUGGCGUACGAAUUCCGUGCACUCGAAAGCAUCCUCGUCUCGGUGCUCGAUGCACUUCGAAUCGAGCUCGGGGUGGUUAGAGGAUGGACGUCGGGAGUGUUGGAGGAGUUGGAUGAUGAUGUGGAUCGCGAAAAGCUUCGAACGCUGCUGCAGGUCUCGCGCAAGUUGAACGCGUUUUUGAGCAGGGCCAAGGCGGUCAAGAAUGCGGUGGUGGAGGUGUUGGAGAACGACGAAGACAUGCAGCUCAUGUACCUCUCCUCCACCGCCUCUGGCGAUAGCGAAGGAAUGGACCAGCUCGAACUGCUGCUCGAAUCCUUCGACAAACAAGUCGAGGAGGUCGUUGCCGAAACGACGCAACUCCACUCGGACAUGAGCAAUACCCAGGAAGUGGUCGAACUCAUCCUGGACAACAACCGAAACAAACUGCUCGCUCUCGACCUUAAAACCAGCAUUGCUACGAUGGGCAUCAGCGCAGGCACGUUGUGGGCGGGGUUGUUCGGGAUGAAUCUCAAGUCGCACAUGGAGGAACUCGAUUGGGCCUUUGCCGGCGUCAGCGGCGUCGCUUUCGGCGCCGUGCUCUUGACAGCCGGAAUCGGACUCAGGAGGCUAGAGCGGUUGCGCAAGGUAGGCCUGGCCCAAGGGCCGGUCAAGAGGAGGAAGGAUGUGUGGGCUACGCACUGGCCCGAAACCCAGAUGGCAGAGGUAGAGGUGCAGCCCGUACCAACCGCGCCACCAUCGGCGCAACCGCUCGGAUUGGGACUCGGCGCAAAGUGGGAGGCCCCCAAACGUGCCAAACGAUAG